AGGAGCAGAGAUAUAUAAAGAGCCCUUUUAGGACGUACUUGCACACUUUUCAAUGACACAUCUUAACAUUCACACCUAUGGACUUAAUUGUUAUCAGAUAUGGCAACCAAAACAACAACCAUAGCAUAAAAACGGCUUAUGCUUAAAAUCGAUAGAUAGGCUAAAGUAAAAUACUGAGAAAACCCACUAGAACGGACGCACCUUCCUACGUUUACUGCUGUUCUACAAUACAACCGUUUUAAGAGGCGACUAUUUGAGUAGUUGCAUAUCAUUGGUACCUUUGCAAGGUAAGGAAACACAGCUUAAGACAAUCAACAUUUCAGAGGAGGGGAUAUCGCGUCAGAAAGUUCUAUAGCCUCACCAGUCAUCAUCAUGCCGAGGUAUAACUUUUUUCUGUGUUUGAUGGUUUAUGUUUGUCUGGGACUGUCUGGGAGUGACGAACCUAACCUUUUUCUGCCACCAACGAGCGAGAUGCCCACGGACGCCGGGCUGUCGCUCCUUGAUGAGGAGGCAGGCGCUCACGAAUGUUCAGCAUGCGUUUGGAGAGAGCAAAGUAAAGUCCUGAGGCUGGAGACCAUCAAAUCUCAGAUCCUGAGCAAGCUGCGGCUCAAGCAGGCUCCUAACAUUAGUCGGGAGGUGGUGAACCAGCUGCUCCCAAAGGCGCCCCCGCUCCAGCAGCUUCUGGACCAUCACGACUUCCAGGGAGACGCGUCCUCCCAGGAUGAGUUUAUGGAGGAGGACGAAUAUCACGCCACUACAGAGUCCGUCAUCACUAUGGCCUCGGAGCCGGAGCCCUUGGUGCAGGUGGACGGCAAGCCCAGCUGCUGCUUCUUUAAGUUCAGCCCCAAACUGAUGUUCACCAAGGUGCUGAAGGCUCAGCUGUGGGUGUACCUUCGGCCACUGCAGCAGACUUCCACCGUCUACCUGCAGAUCCUCAGGCUGAAGCCUGUCACGGAGCAGGGCAGCCGCCACAUUCGCAUCCGCUCAUUGAAGAUCGAGCUCAAUUCACGUGUGGGCCACUGGCAAAGUAUCGACUUCAAGCACGUGCUGCAGAACUGGUUCAAGCAGCCGCACACCAACUGGGGAAUCGACAUCAAUGCCUUCGACGAGAGCGGCAACGACCUGGCAGUGACCUCGCUGAGACCAGGGGAGGAAGGGCUGCAGCCGUUCCUGGAGGUUAAGGUUCUUGAGACGACCAAACGUUCCCGACGUAACCUGGGACUGGACUGUGACGAGCACUCCACCGAGUCCCGCUGCUGCCGCUACCCGCUGACGGUGGACUUUGAGGCCUUUGGCUGGGACUGGAUCAUUGCUCCCAAGCGCUAUAAGGCCAACUACUGCUCGGGCCAGUGUGAAUACAUGUUCAUGCAGAAGUACCCACACACCCACCUGGUACAACACGCCAACCCCAGAGGCUCAGCAGGGCCCUGCUGCACCCCCACCAAGAUGUCACCCAUCAACAUGCUCUAUUUCAACGACAAGCAGCAGAUCAUCCACGGCAAGAUCCCUGGUAUGGUGGUGGACAGGUGUGGCUGCUCUUAGGCCCAACGGAGGUCAUGCACACCCAAUUCUGCAUUAUUUCCACCCAGAACCCUGACUGAGACCUCCUCUGGCAGCAGACUUUAUUCCCCCCUCUCACUCCGCCACAAAACAUCCCACUGGACCUCCAUUCUCUUAGUUAUUCAUUUUAGUCAAACAUGUAAUAUGAAAUGAAGAUAGGAGUGAGGCUGAGUGGAAGAAAUAUAUAUAUAUUGACGAUUAUGAAGGGGGUGUAUCUGUGGAGCAGCUUAAGAAAUUGAUGGUAAAUAAGACAACUAUGUUUUUGUUAGUUUUGUUUUUUUUAUUUGAAAAGAUGGUGUCUUUAUUGAGAUGUCCUGGAUAGUGGAUCCAGGCUGAUGGAGGGAGACAUUCCUAAGCAGUUACAGUAUAUUAUCAUUUUUCUACAACUUUCACUUUCAGCAUCAUUACAACAACAAAAAACCUUGUCUACUUUUAGACUAAAAGUUCAUGAAAUGAAUCCAAAAUGUUGUUUAAGAAAAGAGUCAUUAUCUAGAGAUUUAGUGUUGAGAUCCAAAAGCAAACUGUGUGCCCUCUGUAGAUGUAACUAGCACCCCAGUGUGAAAUUCUUCAGACUCCAAGAACCAUUUCACAGUUACUUUGAUCUUAUUUUACCUGUAAUCUUGUAAAACAUUAAAAUAAGAAAAUAGUUUCACUACCUUAAAGUGAACAGGAAAGGGUUUGUUAUACACUUUCUCCCUAUGUUUUACUGCAGAAGCUCACAUAACAGCUCAGAUGACCUCAAUAUCAACCUGUGCACAAAGUUUAGAUGAACUAAGACAAACAUUAUGUCAAAGUAACUCUUAAAACUUUGUGUGGUCUAGAUUAAGAACACACAAUAAAAAAUGCAGGUUUUGGCUGGUUAGAUCUUUGUAUAGAUCAUCUUUUAUAUGUAAUAGACUAAAUCCAAGAGCAUUUUAAAAUCAACAAUAUGGGAAUCAUGCAAGGGUGCCAGUUUACACUACUGUAAUUGUCAGAUUAUUUUGUAUGGAGUAAAUUCAGAGUGAAAGGGAACCCCACAAGUACCUUGACAAAUGUGGUCCACAUGAAUAUAGCUUACUUAUAUACUUUUGUCAUUUUCACUCUGCACACUGUGCAAUUACCAUUCCCACUACUAUCCUCCACAUUCAUUUACACAAACACAAUGAGUAGAGGACCAAAUGUAUUCUGCCAAGUUUCUAUGGUGGGAAUGUUAUGAUGGUUGUGGCAAAGAAGACAACCUUGUGUUGGAAAGAAACUAAAAUGCUUGAUUGAUAUACACCUUUGUGCUACUAAGGGAAGAAGAGCUAGGUUGUGCAUCAUAAAAAUAAGGAAAACACUGAUACAGAUGAGAAUACAGCUGAAAUGCCAUUUCUAGUUUAGAGAACAUAUUUUGAUUGAAUAUCCCAGAGCCCCCAUCCCCACCUGUAAUAUGCAGUAAAUAUUGGACGUGCUUGAAAGACUGUAGAUAAGAAGCUUGAAGUCUGUCUUGUUUCCUGGAUGUCAAAGUGAAUAUAUCCCUUUGUUGUAAACGAAAGCACUACGCUGUUGGGAAAAGGAAAAGCCUUCUGACAUAAAUAUAUGUAUAUAAUUAAAAGGGGUACAAAAAAUCCUUUCUGGGCACUACCUUACCAACAAUAAAUUUUGCACUAUGGGACGUUCAUAGCGUGAGGAGUCAUGUUGUUGUUUGUGUUUGUAUUUUACCUAAUCAAGCACGAGCGUUUACAAUUGAAAAAAGAACUGUCCAAGCUUCUGGCAAUACACCGUGUGGAUAAACUAGUCAGCCUCUCACUUCUUUUGUUACCAUCACGCUUUCCUGACUUCCUUUUCGUCUGAAGCGGAGGCCUGUCCAUAUUCUCACGCUCUUCUUACACCCAGAAACCUGGACUGACCAGAGGCCAAAAGGCCUCAUCGCCCUCCCGGGGUGAUAAGUCAUGUGUGUAACAAGUGUCUGGACCGAUGAACAUAGAACGCUUUAAACUGGAAAUGCCCCUCCAUCAACUUCAAUCAAUUUGUUAUCAACUUUGACAGACUUUUGUCCUUUUGAAUUUGAGCUACUUUUUGUGUUGACUGUCUAACACAGACACGUUUUGCCUUUGUGUGUUUUGAGUGAGAGUGCCCAUAUUAGAAUGGGAAAAAGUAUCCAGGGAUCGUUAGCCAAAGUAGAGGAUGACAUGUUGUGUGCUGUAACUUUUGUAACUGCAGGAAUAUGCUAAACAAUUUCAAAGGGAGAAAAAAAUGUGGUAUGGGCAGUGGUUGGAAACAAUUCAACUGGUCAAGUGUAUAUUUAUUCAGAUCAAAUCAAUGAAUUUCAAAGUAUGUCUACCUCACUUUAGCAUUGUGAAACCUUGCUUAAAAAUUUGACAGUUAGGUUUUGUUAUGAGUUAAUAUGUACAAACAUGUAACCAGAAUAGUAAACCCAAAAACGUAGACUAAAGCCACAGGGUCACCUUGAUCUCAGAUCCAGAUUGAGAAAUUUACAGUGGAGUUCAAAAGAGUGACUGAAGCAAAUAGCUAAAGGUAAUUUGUAGUGACAAAAGAAUAAUAAAUAUCUGUGCCCAGGACCAUUGGUUAACUCUGGUUAAUGCUGUGGAUAAAGUUGCAUCUUGACUUUGUGUAUGUAUACUGGUAUGUACAGUGCCUUCAGAAAGUAUUCACACCGCUUGACUUAUACCACAUUUCAUUGUUAGAACCUGAAUUCAAAAUGUAUAAAAUAUUUUUUUCUCACCUACAGUAUCUACACACAAUACACCAUAAUGACAAAGUGAUAUUUUUUUUUUUGACAUGUUUGCAAAGUUAUUGAAAAUGAAAAGCAGAAAUAUCUAAUUUACAUAGUAUUUCACACCCCUGAGUCAAUACAUGUUAGAAUCACCUUUGGCACCGAUUACAGCUGUGAGUGAGCGCUUCGCACACCUGGAUUGCACAAUAUUUGCACAUUCUUUUUUUAAAUUCUUCAAGCUCUGUACAAAGUUUGUUGAUUAUUGUUUGACAGCCAUUUUCAAGUAUUGCCAUAGAUUUUCAAGCUGAUUUAAGUCAAAACUAACUAGGCCACUCAGGAACAUUCAAUGUUGUCUUGGUAAGCCACUCCAGUGUAUAUUUGGCCUUGUGUUUAAGGUUAUUGUCCUGCUGAAAGGUGAAUUUGUCUCCCAGUGUCUAUUGGAAAGCAGACUGAACCAGGUUUUCCUCUAGGAUUUUACGUACUUAGCUCUAUUCCAUUUCUUUUUAUAUAAAAAAAAACUCCCUAGUCUUUGCCGAUUACAAGCAUACCCAUAACAUGAUGCAGCCACUGCCAAUGCUUGAAAAUAUGUAGUGUUUUGUUUUCAGCAAACAUAACACUUUAUUCAGGACAUAAAGUUAAUUUCUAUGUCAUUUUUUGCAGUUUUACUUUAGUGCCUUAUUGCAAACAGGAUGCAUGUUUUGGAUUUUUUUGAAAAUUCUGUACAGGCUUCCCUUCUUUUCACUCUGUCAUUUAGGUUAGUGUUGUGGAGUAACUGCAAGUUUGUUGAUCAUGGUGAAAUUCCUGAGCGGUUUCCUUCCUCUCAGGCAACUGAGUUAGGAAGGACGCCUGCAUCUUUGUAAUGACUGGCUAUAUUGAUACACCACCCAGUGUAAUUAAUAACUUCACUAUGCUGAAAUGGACAUUCAAUGUCUGCUUUUUUUAUUUUUACCCAUCUACCAAUAGGUGUCCUUCUUUGCAAGGCAUUGGAAAACCUCCCUGGUCUUCAUGGUUGAAUCUGUGUUUGACAUUUACUGUUCGACUGAGGUACUUCACAGAUAAUUGUAUGUGUGGGGUACAGAAAUUAGGUGGUCGUUCAAAACUUAUGUGACUUUUUUACUCCUGAACUUAUUUAGGCUUACCAUGAAAGGGGUUGAAUAGUUAUUGAUUGAAGACAUUUCAGCUUUUCAUUUUUAAUUCAUUUGUACAAAAAACGGGUAUUGCGUGUAGGCCAAUGACACACUCAAUUUGAUCAAUUUUAAAUUCAGGCUGUAACACAACAAAAUGUGGAAAAGGUCAAGGGGUAUGAAUACUUUCUGAAGGCUCUGUAUGAGAAAGUGUUUUCAUAUUUAAAUAUGAGAGGAAAAAAAUCUAUGUAAAUAAAUACCCAAAUUUUAUAAUGUUUUGGACAGGUUCUCCGCUUCUAAUGUUUUUGCCCACUUUUAUUUCUCUUUCAUUUGUUCAUGUUAUGUAGAUAAAAUUCAACCCAAUGUUGUAGUUUAAUGGUUUUACAUAUGAAUAACUGUUCCAUUGUUAUUUUGUUUUAUUUUCUGUCUUAUUUUGUACAAUAAAUCAUUUAUUUAGCUUACGAAAUUCA